AUAAUCCAACCAAAAAGGAAACGGAAAGGGUGUCAUUCCUUGGGACCAGAGCUUGGAACGUGUGGACGGGACCGAGGCGAAGCGACCGCUUAGGUUUUGGGCCAAAGUUUUUUUGUUUUGAAGCACUCUUGCAUUUUACUAACCAGCAAAUUCUUGAACAGUAUGUCUGUGUCGGAAAGAGAAGCGAUCCAGAAACAGAUACAGCAGGACUGGGCCAACCGAGAAUACAUCGAAAUAAUCAGUGGAAGCAUCAAAAAGAUCGCAGACUUCCUGACAUCAUUCGACAUGUCAUGCAGAGCACGACUCGCAACCCUAAACGAAAAGCUUACGUCCCUGGAAAGAAGAAUAGAGUAUUUGGAGGCCAGGGUCACAAAAGGAGAAACCUUGUCCUAGGAUGAUGAGGUCAGGCAUCAACCCCAUUGCUAAUUCCACCUGGUGUACAUGUGCAGAAUAUGGCUCGAAUAGAGACUGUCCGUCGACUUCCUUGCAAAGUGAAUGGUCCAGCAUUUAUACGAGAGAGCGUGUUCUCUGCUGACAUGACCUCGACUCUCUCACAUGUGCAGGCUUUAUGGUGUCCUUUGCACGCAGCUGUCCAUUGUUUUUGAAGAGAAAAUACAGCAAAUAUUUAUACCGGC